AUAUCGCUCACAUCUAACCUUCUCAGUUCUCACAAAGAUAGCAAUCAUUCAAUUCCCAGUAAGAAAUGGCGAAAGGAGUUCUGUUCGACGUUGCUGCGCGAAUCAUAGAGAAAGCAGAUCAUCUCUUAGGCCAAGAGAUCGGACAACUCUGGGGUGUCAAAGAUGAGAUUGUAAAACUCCGGGAGAGGGUUUCCACAAUCAAGGCUGUGCUUCUGGAUGCUGAGAAGGAGAGGAAGCAGAGCAAUGAAGUCAAAGAGUAGCUGAAAAGGCUGAAUGAUGCCAUUUAUGAUGCAGACAACUUGGUGGAUGACAUCUCCACUGAAGCUUUACGAUGGGAAGUGAUGACACGGAAUAAGAAGGCAGAACAGGUACGCAUCUUCUUUUCCAAAUCGAGACAGUUUGCAUAUGGUCGUAAAAUGAGUCAUAAGGUUAAGACAAUGAGGGAGAGGCUAGAUGCCAUGUCAAGGGAUAUGGAGUUGUUCCACUUCGAGGAACGUCUUGUGGAGACACAAGAUAGGAAUAGGGUGAGAGAGAAGACUCUUUCUCAUGAAAAAUUUGUUGGGAGAGAGGAAGAUAAGCAGGAGAUUAGAGAAUUCCUUUUUGAUCCUAAUGUUGAAGAGAAUGUUUCAAUCCUUUCUAUAGUUGGAGUGGGAGGGAUAGGGAAGACCGCGUUAGCUAAGCUCAUAUUUGAUGAUGAGAAGGAACAUUUUGAGCAAAAAACUUGGGUGUGUGUAUCUGAUAACUUUGAUGUAAAAAUAAUUGUUCAAAAAAUCUUAGAGUUUGCAAAAAAAAAAGAACCAAGAAAACCUUGAAAUGAAAACAUUGAUCAAUGAUCUUAAGAAAGAAAUUCAUGGAAAGAGAUGUUUACUUGUGCUGGACGACUUGUGGAAUGAAGAUCCUGUAAAAUGGCUUAACUUAAAAAACAUUUUGGUUGGUGUUUGUGCAAGAGGCAGCAAAGUAUUAGUGACAACACGCAAUGCAUUGGUUGCAAAGAAUGUACGAAGUAGUCACAUAUUAUUUUUAAAAUUUUUGAGUCCAGAGGAUUCUUGGACUUUAUUUAGGCAUAUGGCAUUUGAAAAUGGACAAGAGCCAAGGAAUUCAAUCAAGGGGUAUAUUGGAUGGCGAAUCACGUUGUGGUGUGAAGGACUCCCUCUUUUCAUAAAGACUAUAGGAGGUCUACUUUACUUUAGAAACUCAGAAGAAGAAUGGGUUUCGUUUAUAAAUAAUGAACUCUCAAAUUUAGAUACAGACAAAAUUGGUUUCCUAUCAAUACUUAUGCUGAGUUAUGAUAAUCUUCCAUCGUAUUUGAAGCAAUGCUUUACUUAUUGUUGUUUAUUUCCAAAGGAUUACAAAUUUCAUAAACCAACCUUGAUUCAAAUGUGGAUCGCACAAGAAUUCAUUAGGUCUCCAGAUCAAAACCUAGAACUUGUUGAUCAUGAUUAUUUCAUGGAAUUACUUUGGAGAUCAUUCUUUCAAGAAGUUGAAAAAGAUGAAAGGGACAAUAUAUUAUAUUUCAAAAUACAUGACAUUAUGCAUGAUCUUGUGGUAUCAGUAGCAAAAUUUGAUAGCACGUUUUUUUGUUCAAAUGAGGAAAUUAAUGAGAAAAUUCAUCAUGUGUCAUUUGAUGGUUGGUUACACUCAUCAUCACAAAUUCCAAUCUCAUUGUUUAAAGCUAGAAGGAUAAGAACAUUUCUUUUGCCAAGACAACCGGAUAAUCCAUGUAAAAGAUUGGAUAAGUCAACUUAUAGUGCACUUGUCACAAAUUUUAAGUUCAUACGCUUGUUGGAUCUACAUAAUCUUGGGAUUGAAAUAGUUCCAAGUUCUAUCAAGAAGAUGAAGCAUUUAAGGUAUCUCCAUCUAUCUUAUAAUGAGCAUAUCAAGAUACUUCCGAAUUCCAUUACAAAAUUACAGAAUUUGCAAACACUUAAACUCACUGCUUGCACACAACUUAUAGAAUUGCCAGGAGAAAUUAACAGAUUAGUCAACCUCAUGUAUCUUGAGAUUAGUGGCUGUGUGGAUUUGAAACCUUUGCCACCUGGAAUGGAUCAAUUGACCAAAUGUGUUACAGUGCAACAACCUGCGGUGGGAAAGGACCCGAGAGGAAGUCUCUUAAUUGAACUACGUCAUGGGAUAGAUGCCCCCUUAGAAUCUGAUGUUGCAAAUUUGAAAGAGAAAGAGCACCUUCAAGUCUUGGAAUUGCGUUGGAUUGAAGAUGAAGUUGAAGAGAGGGAUGUUGUUAAUGAUGAGCCAUCACUCGAAGCAUUGGAGCAGUAUCCAAAUCUUAAAGUAUUGUCUAUAUAUAGGUACUGGGGAGUGAGCUUUCGAAGUUGGCAAUUGUCCCUCACAAAUAUUGUCGAACUUGUAUUUUGUGGAUGUAAGAAAUUGCAAUAUCUACCACAAUUGGAUCAAUUUCCUUCUCUUAAGGUUCUUGAACUUGAUUCGUUGCUUUCUAUGGAGUACAUAGAAGAAAGAGAUAGCAAUGAGAUCUCUGGUCGUUCACUUUUCCCAUCUCUAGAGGAGCUCAGACUCAAGUAUUGCCCUAAUCUAAAGGAAUGGUGGCAUAGGCGGGAUUCCAUUAUGGAGGUCCAUGAUGAUCAUAAAUCUGUUGGAAUUAACACAUCCACAACGUCAAUGACAAAGAAUGAUUUACUGCCUUCAUUUUGUCAUCUUUCCAAUUUAUGUAUUCGGGGAUGCCCUAAGCUCACUUCCAUGCCUUUGUUUCCAAAUCUAGAAAAGCUAGAGUUGUGUUACUGUAGCUUCGAGCCAUUGAAGCGGACAAUUUGUUCUACAUUUGCCUUCCCUCUCUCCAAAUUAACAUCUCUUGAAAUUGGACGGAUGAAGGAACAUUUACCAAAGGAGUGCUUGCAAAACCUUGGUUCUCUCAAUUAUCUAUUGAUAUAUGAUUGUCAUGGUCCUCUCCUUCAAGGUAUUCAACAUCUCACUGCGCUUAAGAAAUUGGACAUUUGUUCCUCUGAGGUGUUUGAUUUACCCAAUGAUGAAAUUGAGGAAUGGCAAGGCCUUAGGAGUCUUAACUCUCUAUGUCUCUUUCAGCUUCUAGAACUAAAGUCCCUCCCAUUGGGGCUUCAACAUGUCACAUCCCUACAAAAGCUCAUGAUUGAUUAUUGUCCUAGUUUGAACAAUAUAGAAGACUGGAUUCACAACCUCAAAUCUCUUCAAUCACUGGAAAUUUUGCAAUGUCCCAAAUUGAAAUCAUUGCCAAGGGGGAUUUGUGGCCUUACCUCAUUAGAGACGUUAGUUGUUUUGAAGUGCCCUAAUUUCACAUCGUUUCCUAAUGAUAUGCAUGGACUUGUCUCUUUGCGAGUACUGAAUAUUUCGGAAUUCAUCAGUUUGACAUCGUUGCCUGAAGGAAUACAUGAUCUUACCUCUCUACAAACACUGGACAUUUCGAAGUGGCUCAAUUUGACAUCAUUGCCUGAAUGGAUGGGUGACCUUGCCUCUUUGGAAACACUCUAUAUUUCGGAAUGCCCCGAUUUGAUAUCAUUGCCUGAAAAAAUGCGUGACCUUACCUCUUUGCAAACAUUGUGUAUUGAGGAUUGUCCCAAAUUAUUAGAAAGAUGCAAGAAGGAAACAGGUGAGGAUUGGCAUAAGAUUGCUCACAUCCCAAACUUGUUGAGGGACCGAGCGGGAAGAAAAUUAGUUGAAGAACCAGAUGAAGCACAUAAGAAGCUUGCUCUUAAGAAACGGAGAAUCAAAAUUUUUGGGUGCUGCAAUUAUUAAACAAAGUCGACAACUCACAGACCAAAAAUUUGGCACAUGGUGAUAUUUGGGUAUUAUUAUGGGGAGAGUUGAAUCUGGCACUAUUGUGGGGGAGAAUCGAAUCUAGCAACCACACUACAGGAAUUAGCUUUGCUGUGAAGGCAUUUUCUUGGUUCAAUUCCUCUUUCUAUAUAUACUACGAACUUGUGUGUGCUUCUCGGGGCGCAAUUACGUUGAGAUAUGUUGAUGAUUUCUUUUAUAAAGAAUGAAAGUAGCCACGAGUCCUGCGAGAGAAAUUGGCUUACAAAGUAAAGGUGAGGCCUUAUCUCAGUUUAUCUAAAUCAGAAAGAUGAAAGCUUUUAAGCAUGAAUUUCCUUUCUAUGUGCUUAAGAUGCUGUUAGGAGGUUGAUGGAGGAAGCAACACAUUCUAUGGAAGAUUUACUGCUGGUAUUCUGGAUUAUGCGUUGAAAUCAUUACAUGCCCCUUACCUCUUUUGUAGAGGCUGGAAAUUCAUCUGUCUCAUCUCAUGACAAUGACGUAAGGGGGAAACUGGUGCCCUAAGCUUUUUUACAUCCUAGAGUUGGAAGGGGAUCCAUUUCAGCAGCAUGAUGUGAUCAUUGCAUAAAUAGAGUGAAAACUGACACUAGGUGAUAUUGGUGUGAGAUUUGUUGGGAGGAUUAAUUCUGGCAUAUACACUGCAAAAAGUGGCUUGUUUAGCAGUUCAUUAGGAAGGAGAGAUGCUAGGAAACAAGGACAACAACAGCAUUGACACACAUGAAUUCUUUUUCUAUUUUUGGCAAACCUUGGUCUUAAUUGAAGCUUCAAAGUCUCAAAAAGGCAAAUGGAUUGGUGUAUUAUUUCAAUGUAGGAAUCAAAGAGGUUGCAAUAUUUUCAAGGGUUUGAGUUGGAAAGUGUAGAGGAAGACUACUGCUAUAUUGUGAUCUUUCAGGGUUCUCUCUAUUAGGAAAGAACAUGAAAAUGAAUGGUAUUAUAGUUAUGACAAUUGGAAAAGUUAAGGAGGUGUUCAAUCUGACUUAGGAGCAUACUACAACUA